CUUCUUUUACCGAAAAACAAGGAUCGGUUUGCAUUAUCUAUUCAUCUCUCUUUUCCCAUUUGAUCACUUCCAUCUCCAUUUUUCAUAUUUUGAAGUCCCUUUCUCUCAUUAGAUAGAGACAAAACAUGGCGAACUCAGCCUCCGGAGUAGCAGUGCACGACGAAUGCAAACUGACAUUCUUGGAGCUAAAAGCCAGAAGAACCCACAGAUAUCUGACCUUCAAGCUUGAUGAUGGCCUCCAACAAGUGGUGGUAGACAAGAUCGGGGGGCAGGGCGAAAGCUACGAGGAUUUCUGCAAGAGCUUGCCUGAUGACGACUGUCGCUAUGCUGUCUUCGACUAUGACUUCACAACAAAUGAAAACUGCCACAAGAGCAAGAUCUUCUUCUUUGCAUGGUCACCAGAUGUUGCAAAGGUGAGGACUAAGAUGUUGUAUGCAAGCUCCAAAGAUAGGUUCAAGAGAGAGUUAGAUGGUAUUCAGGUUGAGUUGCAAGUAACUGAUCCUAGUGAGAUGAGCUGGGAUAUCCUCAAGGCACGUGCUUAUUGAAUGCGUUGCACCAUCCAACUAGUGCCUCGCGUCUUAUUAUCAGCUUCUCUAUAAAAUGUCCAACUUCUUGGGCGGCUCUUUCGACUACAUCUGAAUGGGGCUUAAUUAUUUAGUAGUAGUAUUAUUAUAAGAGGGAUAAAACCAUAAAACCAUCUGUGUAUUUUUCUUUUUCAGAUUUGUUUAUGUUUGUUAUGUUUUUUCUUUACAAUAGUGUUAUCGUUAUAGAUGUAUUAGCUGCAUCUUUUCUGUGGCUACCUCUUUUUAUCUGAUAUAAAGAGUAGUAGUACUUUUCUA